GGCUAUUUCCCCUCUUUAUAAGGGAAACAGUAUCAUAUUUGUGGCUUAGAACACUUGAAUUUUCUCCAAGUUUUCCAGUAUGGUAAUCACAAGCCCAAGUGAAUUAGAGUUAGAGGGAAGUACCAAUUCCAAAUAUGAUAGACUAGCUGAAGUCAAAGCCUUUGAUGAAACAAAACUUGGUGUGAAAGGGCUCUUAGAUUCUGGUGUGACAAAGAUCCCACGCAUGUUCCAUUCUACCACGUUGGAAGGUUACACUGAGACAUCACAAAGUGGCUCAAAUUUGAGUAUUCCCAUCAUAGACCUCAAAGACAUACACACAAACUCAACCCUUCAUGUUGAAGUACUAAACAAUAUUCGAAGUGCAUGCAAGGAGUGGGGUUUUUUCCAAGUGGUCAAUCAUGGUAUUCCUGUUGAGGUUUUGGAUGAGAUGAUUUGUGGAAUUCGUAGGUUUCAUGAACAAGAUGCUGAGGUAAGGAAAAGCUUUUACUCAAGGGAUUUGAAUAAGAAAGUUAGAUAUUUCUCCAAUGGUAGCCUUUUCAGAGACCCCUAUGCUAAUUGGAGGGACUCAAUUUCAUUUUUUGUAAACCCUGAUCCUCCUACUCCAGAAGAAAUACCAGAAGUGUGCAGAGACAUAGUGGUUGAAUAUAUAAAGAAAGUAAGAGCCUUGGGCAUUACAAUCUUUGAGCUAUUCUCAGAGGCUCUUGGCCUUGAUCCUUCUCACCUUAAGGAAAUGGACUCUGCUAAUGGACUAUUUCUUUUGUGUCACUACUACCCUCCAUGCCCUGAACCUGAAUUAACUGUAGGCACUCCAAGCCAUACUGAUACUAGCUUCAUGACAAUUCUUCUGCAAGACCAAACAGGUGGUCUUCAAGUUCUUCACGAGAAUCAAUGGGUUAAUGUUCGUCCAGUGCAUGGAUCUCUUGUUGUAAACAUUGGGGAUCUUCUUCAACUUAUGACAAAUGACAUGUUUGUGAGUGUCUAUCAUCGGGUCUUAUCAAGGUAUGUGGGCACCAGAAUUUCAGCAGCAACCUUCUUUGUCAACUCAUCACCACAGGGUGCAUCAAAUGUUGUUGGUCCAAUAAAGGAAUUGUUAUCAGAAGAAAACCCACCAAUCUAUAGGGACACUACUAUGAAAGAUGUCAUGGCACAUUAUUUUGAAAAGGGCCUUGAUGGGAACUCUUCCUUGCACGCUUUUAGGUUGUGAUUCAAAUAUUUAGAAUAAGAUUGGAGCACUCUUGAAUCUUUUGGAGUCAACUUUAGUGUACAUUUUGUCACGGUUAACUUGUGCCUUUGACUAUGAUUUUCAGUAUCUUUUGAAUUUUAAAUAAACAGCAUCAAGUUCUAGGAACAGAACAAGGUUAAGGCACCCAUAAUUAUUUGUACUACCCAAGAGCAAAUCUUCUGGUUUGUGUAUUAUGAUAAUAAAAUACAGACUCGAGCAAAUUU